AUGUUAUCGAGUCGGGAGGUUUGGUAAUACCUGUGGUGAAGUUGUGGUACUAGCGCUAUGGGAAAACCAACAGCGCAAAAUAACAACAAUUCUAAUAAUACCAAACGGCAUAAUACCGGAAAGCAAAUUCUUGGAAUAUUGCGAAAAAGAGUGAUGAAGAAGAAAAAGUCUACAAGCAGUUUGCUUUCUAAAACAUUCGAUAAAUUUCGCAAAAGCGAACUUCGAGAAAAACUUCCAGAAUACUACAUAGGACCCUCUACUUCAGUGUGCAGUUCGACUACGAAGACAUGGACCAGCUAUCUUGAUGAUGACAAGGAGGAAUCCUACGACGAAGAAGACAACAAUCAAAACAUCGGAAUGAAAUUGGAAAAUAAAAAGCAAAUUGAAUUGGCAAAAGAAAUAGAGAUGAAAGAAAAACUACUUGAAAUUGAACGAGAAAGAUUGGCAAUUGCUAAAAAGCUAAUCAGAGCUGAAAAACACAUCCAUGGGAUAAACAAGCAUACUUCUCUCUAAUUAUUUUUUUGCUUUUCACAAUCAAUCACGUUAAUUAAAAAUAUUUUCCAUGACGUUGGCAAUAAAUUCUAAAUACCGUUAA